AUGCCAUUGGAUUACAGCAAGUGGGACAAUCUCGAACUCUCGGACGACAGUGACAUUGAGUGCCACCCCAACGUCGACAAGCGUUCCAUGAUUAAGUGGAAACGUGAAGCCAUUCAUCGCGAACGCGCUGAGCGUAAAGCACAAAUUGAACAACUCGAGCAAUUUAUCCCGUUGGAGCAGUGGAUCUUGGAACAACUGGAACCAUUUCCUAGCAUGCUCGAGCCUAGCUCGGGUGAUGCCAAAGAAGCUUGCGGGCAAACCUUAAAGAAGCUUAGCGAAUUGCAAAAGUUGGCCCAAUCCAAAGGCAACCAUAUUGUGGCCGUUGAUUCGGCACCCAAGCCAAAUACCCCACCAGUGACACUCGACAAGGCCCUAACUGAACUUAUUGACACAUACACGCCUAAAUUGGACAGUGCAGACGACAAUGUGCGACAAGCGUUCUUGGGUUCGGUAAAGACAUUGCAGCAAAAGGCGACCGUGGUUCUGGAAAAAUCACAAAAGGAAUUGGAACGACUGCGUAAAGAAGCAGGCAAAAAAUUAACGUCCGAAAACAUGUUUCAUGAAACGGCCAAUCGCACAGUGCUUAACAAGGAACCAUCGUCUUCGUCAGCAGCUUCAUCAGCAGCAUCGAAAUCAAAAAAGACACCCACGAAGAAGGAAAAGGUUGUUGAAACAUUAAACCCGAAUGCGCAAAUGAAAAACCUGUCGAUUUCGGACCAAGCACAAGAAGAGGAUGAUAGCGACAGUGAGGGUGAAAAGGAUAUUGAAUUGUCCAAAGAAGCAGAGACAUUCGCCAAAUUGAAGGGCUUUGAGCCUAGCUACAAGCACAUUAUGCGAUACCCGGAUAUUGUCAACGAAAAGAUCUCGGAUCAGAUUCUUGCCGAAGCAUUCACAUCGCAACUCCAAGGCAAAGAAGAAUACGCACAUAACUGUGUCAUCCAAUCAUUAACUUUGCAAUACUGCGGUCAACUCGGAAAAAACGGUAUUGCCACUUUCUUCACCAGAAUGAAUGGUCCCAAUCAACAAGGACGCAAGAUGUUUUUCGACGAUGUCGAGGGCACUUAUAAGCGAAUCAAGACACGCUGUGCCGAGAUUCUCGCUGAACGUGCAAAUGAUCAAGUGGAAACCAUCCAACUGCAGGCGGCACAAGAUGGAUCGCCGAUUACGAUCCGUAUUCCUGAUACCAAAGAAGAAGAAGCAUACAAAGUAUUUCUGGCUCUGCCGGAACCGUUCCGUGAGGCAUUGAAGACGGGUAAAUUGGAUAACCUGAACAAGGUCUUGGAGGGCAUGUCGGUAGAUGAUGCAGAGACACUGGUACAAGUAUGCUCACAGUAUGGAUUCCUGGAUGUGGGUGGUGAAGUUAUUGAUGAAAAUGGACAGCAACAACAGUAA